GGAAAUGGGUGGUGGCAGGCUGGGAGGCAUAGUGACGUGUUUGGUUUUCAUACCGGGAAAUGCUCAGCUUCGACUGGGUGAUACUUCUGGAUGCAGCGGGGACGGCCGAGCAGCUCCCGCCCCAGCCAGAGCCCAUGAAUGAGCUCAGGGCCUCCAGGUUGGGCCCUAGUGAAGAGUAUGCUCUCCGGUCCCCACUUCCGCUAUUCUCUGAUGGGUUUUAUCAUUUAUGGUUUCAUUUUCGAAGUUCACGAGCUGCAAUCAGCUUCACUCAAAGUAACAGGACCCCCCGGCCCCAUCAUCGUGGCCAUGGGUGAGGACGUGGUGUUGCCCUGCCGCUUCUCCCCAGGGCAGGGCGCGCAGGAGACAGAAGUGAACUGGUUUCGGGAACGGUUCUCACCCUAUGUGCAUCGCUACAAGGGGGCCCAGGACCAGUACGGGGAGCAGAUGCCGCAGUACCAAGGGCGCACCGAGCUGAUGAAGGAAGACCUUGCCAAGGGCAGUGUGGACUUGAAGAUUUUCCGUGUCCAACUGUCUGACAGAGGGAAUUACACCUGCUUUGUUCGCCGGGACUCGCUUUACAAUGAUGCUAUUGUGGAGCUGAAGGUGACAGCCAGCGGCUCUGCCCCACUCAUCGCCCUCGAGCGCUACCAGGACGGGGGGAUCCGCGUGGGCUGCCGCUCGGCUGGCUGGUACCCGCCGCCCCAGCUGCUCUGGCAAGAUCCCCAUGGGCAGCACCUCCCAUCCCUCUCGGAAAACAUUACCCAGGACAAGAACGGCCUCUUUGCAGCGGAAAGCAGCAUCAUCCUCACCAGGGGUACAAAUCAGGAGCUCUCCUGCUCCAUCCGAGAUGUCCCACACGGCCGAGAGCAGAGGUUGUCGUUCUACAUAGCAGAUCCCUUCUUCCAAGAUGCCCAUCCUUGGAUAAGUGCCCUCGGUGUGGUCCUGGUUGCAGUGCUCGCUCUGCUUGCUAUCGCUCUUUAUCUAUUUAAAAUCAAAGGGAAGCACGAGAAAAAAAUCGCGAUGCAGGAUGCAGCACUGUAUGAACUGGUGGAAGAAAUAGAGAAGCAAGCUGACGAACUUACAUGGAGAAGAUAUGCAGUGCCUAUAGAAGAAGUGAGGGUGGUUCUGGAUCCAGACACAGCGCACCGUGACCUUGUCCUGUCUGCUGACUGCAAAAGCGUGAAACGAGAAGACUCGCUGCAGGACAUGCCCGACAUCCCUCAGAGAUUCAACCCCUGGCGCUGCGUGUUGGGCCGAGAAGGCUUCACCUUGGGGAGAUACUACUGGGAGGUGGAGGCGGUGGAUGGAGGAGGGUGGGCUGUGGGGGUCUCUAGAGAAGAUGUGAAAAGGAAAGGCGAGAUUGAGUUUAAACCUGAGGAGGGCAUCUGGGCAGUGGGGCAGUGGGCAGGGCACUUCCAAGCUCUCACAUCCCCUAAUCGCACUCUCCUUCCUGAAAUCCAGACUCCCAAGCGGAUCCGGGUCUCUCUGGAUUAUGAAGAGGGACGGGUGGCGUUUUUCAGUGUUGAUGAGGAGAUUCCCAUCUUCACAUUUCCACUGGCAUCAUUUGAGGGUGUGAAAGUCCACCCCUGGGUCUGGCUGGGUCCUGGGACGUGGCUUAAAAUGUGGCCCUGACGAAGCCGAGGGAGGAAGAUAAGACUUUUUUAGGGGACGUCAGGAGUUCAGGCUCAUGGAAGGAUUUAAGUCGGAGGAACUUGUGGAGGUUUCUGUUACAAGCCCCUCCUGGCAGCAGGGCUAACCUCAAAGCUGCCAUAGGUGUCUUUGGACCUUGUUCAGCUGAGCUGUGUAGGAUCUCCAAGGGCGGAGAUCUCGUUACCUCUGUGCCGGUUCUGCGCCUUCCUCAGGGAGAAGAAUUAAUCCUCUGUGUUUGGCCACAGUUUCCCCAACUUGUGACCAUUGCCUUUCAUCCUCACUAUCUAUCUGUUGAAAAGCACUUCCACUGAAAAGGCACUCCCGCAACAGGGAUCACUUUUUUAACAUGCAGAAUAAAGUUAUUUCAGUGGGAUUUGUCUGUGUGUCAG